AUGCAUCGACUAGCACUCACCACACAGAAACCGGUAGACUACGAGCAGUCUCUCCUCACUGCAAACCUAAAGAAAAAGAGAGGCUAUUCGCCAUCCGAGAAACCCUUGAAUUCCCAUAGUAAGAACCUACCGCAUGCGCAGUCCGGCACAGCCAUGCCGUUCACCCAGGCAGUUUACCCAAGUGCAGCGAGCAAAGACAGUCAUGUACAGCUUGCGAAGAAGGCCUUGGGAACUAACAUCUCCAGCGGAGUAGAAAAAGGAGUUAACACACAUAAACGCACUAAGAUGUGUAUCAUUUGAUUAACAACCUAUUAAAUGAAAUUAGGUGGCGUUUUGAAAGAGUUUUUUUAGUGCACUUUUUCAAGGCUUUUUAACCAUGAUAAUUACUAGUUAUCGAUACUCGUGUCACAGCGUUUUACAAACCAUUCUAUUUUUAGAACAAUUUUGGCGCGAAUUUGGAAUAUCUUUUAAGUCCCACAAAAACCUACAAAACAAAUCAGACAGCAAAACCUACAAGACUCCUACAGACUUUGAUGACGUUUUGGUCUCCUUACUCAUAACAUAAAUGUAACUUUUCACAGCAACACGACACAAAUGCGCCAAGAAGAUUGACUUGGCUAUCGUUCUGGACGCUUCUGCGAGCAUCGGUGAAGAGAAUUUCAAACUUGCCAAGGACUUAACCAGAACACUGUUGAGGCAAUUUGAAAUUUCCAAAGACGAGGUUUUAAUAUCGCUCGUGUCCUACUCUCAACACAUUGACGUUGCUCCCAAAUUUGAUGAUUACUAUAACGAGACGCAAUUGGAGAGGGCGUUGGACAGGCAUUUCUACGAGUCAUCUUCCACUAGCACGGGAAGAGCUUUAAAAAUGGUCACCAAUGAUUUGUUUGGGGUUAAAGGAGGAGCGAGAAUCGGACACCGUGGUAAGUAGGUUGGUUAUAAAAACUACUGUAGUUAAGCAAUGGAUGGUAUAUAGUGGUAUAGUCAUGUAUUCAUAGUACCUGGUGCUAUAUUGAGUAUGUAGUAAUGAACCACUCCUUCUCGUGCCUGAUAUAUUACUUCCAAGUGUUUGAAUAUCAGACGAAACACCUUAUCUCGUGUUUGAUAUAUUACUUCUUAACGUCUGGAUAUCAGGUGAAACAUUCCAUCCUGUGUUUGAUACAUUAACUCUGGGUGUUUGGAUAUCAGAUGAAACACUCUCUCGCGUGUUUGAUGUAUCAAUUUAAGAAUUUCCUUACUUUUCGUAUUUCUGUCGUUUGAAUCCGGCUUUCGCUCCUAGUCCUCUUAUAUUAUUAUUACCGAAGCCAGCUACAACCAGUUGCAAAAAUGUUGACACACUCUCACGAAAAAACAACCUGUCUUGCUUCAAAUCUCUGCUAGUCACAGGCCUAGGUCUGUGAGAUAAAAUAGUGACCCCCCCUCCUCCCCCCCAUUCAAAGUUGUUCCUCGAAAUUUUGAGCAUGGUCUUGUAUUGCUAGCAACUUUGAAAAGGGGUGGGGGGGGUCUCGAGCACACGAUCAUGGACAGGCCAUUUAAGCCAAAAUACGGUACAGAGUCUCAAGUACUUUUGCAACUGGUUGUAGUGGCUAGAAUUAAAAAAUUGACAUUAAAGAAACAUAAAAAUUAAAACACUCUUCUUUAUGAUGUUAUUUCCUUGAACAGAUGUCAGGAAGGUGGUUGUUAUCGUUACGGACGGAUUUAGCACCACAGGAGUUGAAUUUUUGAAGGACAAAGUGAGAAUGAUGAGAGAUCAAGGAAUUGAGGUUUUUGUCAUUGGAAUAACACGCCGGAUAAACGAAGAGGAAUUGUUAGCUUUAUCUAGCGCACCAGUUAAAAAUCAUUUAUUUAGGAUAAAUGAUUCCCAAGAUGUAAACAAAAUUAUUGAGUCAAUCACAAACCAGCUGUGUAAAUAA